UUUCGGAGCAUCUCUCGGAAAUGACCGUUAGUUUCGAGUAGGCUACAAUAUAAGGAAAAGACAGAGACAGGGAGGACUCGGAUAAACUACCGAUUGGAUUUAUUUAAAAAAAAAAGAUAUGGAGAACGUUUCCCCUUUUUGUGUGUUUUUGUUAUUGAACGGUGUUUUUGGUGACACAGUAAGUGAGUCAGUGUCAGUGAUGGAGGGAGAUUCAGUCACUCUACACACCAGUCUUCCUGAAGUAGAGAGAGGGCAUGUUAUAGACUGGCGGUUUGGACCAAACAACAUUCUCAUAGCUAGAGUCAAUAAAGCAGCUAAUACAGCAAAUGUAUAUAGUGACGUUAUUGAUGGCCGUUUCGCACACAGACUGUACAUAAACCAGCAGAUUGGCGAUCUCGUCAUUACAAACAUCAGAACUGAACAUUCUGGACUUUAUAAACUAAGCAUCCAUGGCAAAAACAUAGACAUGUUAUAUAAUGUCAGUGUUGUGUCUGAUGAAAGAGAUGGUGUUGAGACUGUGCCAGUCAUGAAAGGAGAUUUUGUCACUCUACACACUGAUGCUGCUGAAAUACAGAAGUAUAAUCAAAUACAGUGGAUGUUUGGAAGCACUGUAAUAUGUACAAUCAAUAAAACGUCCCAAGCUCCAGAUAUGAAUGAUGCUAAGCCAUUCUUGAACAAAUUGGAUGUGCAUCGUGAAACUGGAUCUCUCAAAAUCAGAAGCAUUAUAAGAGAACUAUGUGGGAUUUAUAACCUACAGAUAAUCAGCAGCACUCAUACCAUACAGAAGAAAUUCAAUAUCACUAUUUUCGAUACAGUAAAGUCUGUGUCAGCGACAGAGGGAGAUUCAGUCACUCUAGAAUCUGAUAUUACUAAAAUAUAUGAUAAGAUACUGUGGAUGUUUGAAUAUGAAGACUCUAUUAUAGCGGCAAUCAAUAAAUCUGGUCAACACUUCUCUAUAUACGAUGUUCUUGAUGGGAGAUUCAGAGACAGACUGAAGCUGGAUCAUCAAACCGGGUCUCUGACGAUCACGAACAUCACAACUGAACACGCUGGAGUCUAUCAUCUGCACAUCUUCAACAGCAGACACAACGUACACAAGAGUUUCAUCGUUAACGUCUGCAAUGCAGUGAAAUACAUAACAGUGAAAGUGGGAGAAUCUGUUACUCUAGACACUGGUGUUACUGAUAUACAGAAGUAUGGUGAACUGCUGUGGAAGUUUGGACAUCAUGAUGCUCUCAUUACUAAAACCAAUGGCACGGAUCCAGUCUUUUCUAUGCAUGAGAGAUUCAAAGACAGACUCCUUUAUCAUAAAAAUGGGUCUCUCACCAUCAAAGAUACUAGAUUUGAACACGCUGGGUCUUAUAGUCUACAAAUCAGCAACUUCAGCAAAAUCUUACUUAAGAGAUUCAGCGUUCUUGUCACUGCUUCUACAGUAUCAGACCUUAAACACCCAGGCUCUAUAGCAGCAGUAAUUUUAGGCAGUGUCCUGAUUAUAACUUUUGGUUGCAUCAUCUAUCGCAGAAUCUCUAAAAGGGGAUGGUAUAGAGUCCAGCGAAAGAGUUAAGAAGUCCAACAACGAGGAAAAUAUGGAGGUCACAUGAUCUGAAAGGAUCCCAGCGGAGUUGCUUUGGACCUACCGUAACAUAAAUUCCAUCUAAUAAAAACUGACAAACCUUUUGUAGCAUUUUAUGUACCUCGCAGCUGUUUAAAGGGUUAUUCCAACCUUAAAUGAAAAUGUUGUCAUUUAUCACUUACUCUCAUGUCGUUCCAUGAGCUUUAAAAGCUUCUUUAUUCUGUGAGAUGAAGGUCCUAAAAUAUGAGUUUUGCCACAGAUGGCAGAUGGACUGUUCUGACAACAAUAAUUUAAAUUUUAAAUAAUUGAAUAACUGUGAUUGUUACGUCUUUGGACUUUUGUUGUCAUGUCUCAUGUGCUCUGUGACCUACUUUCUGUUAAUUAUCUCAUUGUCUUCAGGUGUUUUGAGUUAAUUUGUGUAUUUAUUUCCUGUUUGUUUCAGUUCAGUUCAUUCGAUCUUUAACACGUGUGGUUUUUGUUACCUGUCUGCCGUAGCAUUAUGUAGUUGCGUGUGGAAGAUUAAAAAUCUGUUAAUGUUA